AUGGCGCUCACCUCAUCGUCCACUCUCAUGAACCUCCUCUCUCCAAGUGUUGCCGCUCCUGUCUCGGUGGCUAUCAUGAAACUCCUCACUCCAAGGAUCGCCGCUGCUCUUUCAGUUCGUUCCUUUAACACCGCCGUUCCUCUGACGAACGGUCCAUAUUCAUUCUCCAAUAAUCGUCACGACUCCAAACAGUGUCCUCAUGGCGAAGAUUGUACGUACGUGAAUCGAUUUCUGAAAGAAGGGUCAUCGAUCCCCUACAAGGUGAUUAAGCACACGGAAGGGCUGUAUGCAAGGUUGGACAUGCCGGGAAUCGGAAAAGAAGGGCUGAAACUGUGGAUUGAAGACAACUCUCUCCAUAUCAAUGGAGAGGAAAUGGCGGGAAGUGGUUCACCGAGGAAGUACUACGGCAACAUCAACCUCCCUCAUGGAUGCUACCGGGUGGAAGAGAUUUCAGCGGAGCUCAAGAAUGGUGUGCUCAGGGUCAAGAUUCCCAAGAUAAAGGAAGAAAUUGAUGUUAGGGUGAAUUGUUCAUCUUGUAGAAGAAUCCACUUAAUUGAUGUUUUGCCCUUAUUAAUUCUUGCCCAUCUUGCACUAAAAUGA